UCUAAGGGGCCCAAUGAUAAUCGAGAAUUGGUGAGCACUUUACCAGUCACGCCGCGGAGUGGGCGAAAUCUCCUGCGAGGACUUGCAGACCCCCGCGGCAGGGUGGGCAGGCGGGUAGCUGAUUGUGAAUCCAUGUGGCGGGGGCUGUGGACCCUGGUAUCCCGGGCUGCACGUGGGCCUCACAGUCCCAGACUGUGCACGCGCCAGGGCAGUGGUUACCGGGCCCCUGGUUCCGGAGCCACUAUCUUCGCUCUGAGCUCUGGCCAAGGCCGCUGCGGCAUCGCGGUGAUCCGAACCAGCGGCCCUGCCAGCGGCCACGCCCUCCAGAGCCUCACGGCGCCGCGGGACUUACCCCCGGCCCGCAAAGCCUGCCUGCGCCUGCUCAGCGACCCCCGUUCUGGGGAGCCUUUGGACCGCGCGCUGGUGCUUUGGUUUCCAGGUCCCCAAAGUUUUACCGGUGAGGAUUGCGCGGAGUUCCACGUGCAUGGAGGACCGGCCGUGGUGAGUGGUGUCCUGCAGGCCCUGGGCAGUGUGCCAGGGCUGAGGCCAGCGGAAGCAGGCGAGUUCACCAGGAGGGCGUUCGCCCACGGGAAGCUGAGCCUGACGGAGGUGGAGGGGCUGGCAGACCUGAUUCAUGCAGAAACCGAGGCGCAGCGGCGACAGGCCCUGAGGCAGCUCGAUGGGGAGCUGGGUGACCUCUGCCGCGGUUGGGCCGAGACCCUCACUAAAGCUCUGGCCCAUGUAGAGGCCUAUAUCGAUUUUAGUGAGGAUGACAACCUGGAGGAAGGCGUCCUGGAUCAAGGUGGGUCCCCCUGGGGGUGGGAGGUGGAGACAUCUGGCAUCCAGCCCCCCAGGUCCUCUUACUCUCUCUCCUUUCCUCCAUCCACAGCUGAUAGUGAGGUGCGGAAGCUGGAGGUGGCGCUGGGCGUACAUCUUCGAGAUGCCAGGCGCGGGCAGAGGCUCCGCUCAGGGGCGCACGUAGUGGUUGCGGGACCUCCCAACGCCGGCAAAAGUAGCCUGGUGAACCUACUCAGCCGGAAGCCUGUGUCCAUCGUGUCCCCGGAGCCGGGGACCACCCGAGAUAUUCUGGAGACCCCCGUGGACCUGGCCGGGUUCCCGGCGCUGCUGAGCGACACUGCGGGGUUGCGGGAAGGCGUGGGGCCUGUGGAGCAGGAGGGCGUGCGGCGUGCCCAAAAAAGGCUGGAGCAGGCUGACCUCAUUCUGGCCGUGUUGGAUGCUUCUGACCUGGCCUCUCCGGCCAGCUGCAACUUCCUGGACACCGUUGUCAUCCCGGCAGGAGCCGGGAAUCCCAAUGGGAGCCGCCAGCGCCUUCUGCUUGUGCUGAAUAAAUCGGACCUGCUGCCCGCUGGGCGCUCAGACCUCCAUCCUGACCUCCCCGCCCACCUGUUGCUGUCUUGCCUGACGGGUGAGGGGCUGGACGGCCUCCUAGAAGCACUGAAGAAGGAGCUGGCUGCACUGUGUGGGGACCCGUCCACAGGCCCACUUCUGACACGGUCGAGGCACCAACACCACCUCCAGGGCUGCCUGGAUGCCCUUGGUCAGUACAAGCAGGCAAAAGACUUAGCCCUGGCAGCCGAGGCACUUCGGGUAGCCCGAGGGCAUCUGAGUCAUCUCAUUGGUGGAGGGGGCACUGAGGAAAUUCUAGAUAUCAUCUUCCGGGACUUCUGCGUGGGCAAGUGAGGGGACAGCCGAAGCUCAGACCCAGGCUGGAGGAACACCCGGAAGCCUUGGGGUAUCUGGGAACAGCUUAGGCCAAGGGGGGGAACUUGACCGCAAACCACGAAGCCUCUGUUGCUGGUAGUGACUGAACGGCAGCCGGCCAGAUUUCGGGGGUUUUGUUGCUGAGUGGGGCUGAAGGGAGGUCCUUUUGGGCCCAUGAUGCUGGGGAAGGAGGAGUAGAGGAUCAAGACGGAGGUUGAAAGGUCUCAGAGGUUUUUGUUUUAUAGUUUUUAAUUUAUUUUGCAAAUACCAAAGGAAGGUAAAAAGCAGGUGAUCCAGAAAUAUUUGAACACCCUCUCCUUGGUGGUUGUAUCCUUCCAGAACUUUCUGUAUAUGUUUGCAUAUUUGUGCCUAUAAAAUAUAUUUUGUCUUGUA